AGUGGGGCGGUUGUGUUCAUAGGGUACUGUUCAUGCUGGAACACAUACCAAACCGUCCAAAGGGUAUAAUUGGGGACCCAUAGAUUCGAACAAUUCCAUCUUCUUCUUAUAAUUAUCCUUUCUUCAAUCACACCAGGCUACUGAAAUCUGUUUAAUAUCAGCUCUUUUCAAUAAAUUUCUGUUCUUGAAGGUUCCCUUAUCUGCUCUCUCUAUCUCCUCACAAGAUAGUCCAACAUGCAGAUCUUUGUAAAGACUUUGACAGGGAAGACCAUCACUCUCGAGGUUGAGAGUAGCGACACCAUCGAUAAUGUCAAGGCCAAGAUUCAGGAUAAGGAAGGCAUACCUCCUGACCAGCAGAGAUUGAUUUUUGCCGGUAAACAAUUGGAAGAUGGCCGGACUCUUGCUGAUUACAACAUCCAGAAGGAGUCAACACUUCACUUGGUCCUGAGGCUUAGGGGAGGCACUAUGAUCAAGGUGAAGACUCUCACAGGAAAAGAAAUUGAAAUUGAUAUUGAGCCAACUGAUACUAUUGAGCGGAUCAAGGAAAGGGUUGAGGAAAAAGAAGGAAUUCCUCCUGUGCAGCAAAGGCUUAUUUAUGCUGGGAAGCAGCUUGCUGAUGACAAGACAGCUCGUGACUACAAUAUCGAAGGUGGCUCUGUGCUUCAUCUUGUUCUUGCACUGAGAGGUGGUAGCAGUCUUUAGGCAUUGUCACUAUGUUCAGGUUUUUAUGUGGUGCUGGUACUUGAUGAGCCUGAAAUGGGUUUGGAUGUGGUGUGGCAUAAUUUGACAUCACAGUAAACAUAAAUACUGACCACUUUUUCUUUAGAGACAUAUAAUUGUCUUUCUUUCUCAUAAUAUUCUCAACCUUUUUUAUAAUUUUUAGUGUCUGUUCAAUGUGCUUUUUGGUUAAAUUUACAUGCCUUUAUAGAUGUUGCACUUCAAGCUGAAGAUUGGAUACGUUUUUAUAAACUUAUCGAGUUGAUUUGA